AUGGCUAUGUCGACCGUACACGGUAAACUCCUGCCAGGAGACUUCGCUCAGUUCCAGCCGUUUCCAGCCGGAGUCCUCGAGAGGAGCACCAGCGCUCCGCUCACAGACUACAUCCUGCAGAACAGAGCGAGGCAAGUAAACCCCAGCAGGCCGAUGGAACCUAGAGUGGACAGCAUGGCCCUGCUGACACACCGCAGAAAGAGAACCAACUUCACUCAGCAGCAGAUCGAAGUUCUGGAGAAAGUAUAUUCUGACACCAAAUAUCCUGACAUUUACUUAAGGGAGAGACUGGAGGCGUUGACUGGUUUACCAGAAUCUAGAAUUCAGGUGUGGUUUCAGAACAGACGUGCCAAGUCCCGACGCCAGGUAGGAACGCCCAUUCCCAUGAAGCCCAGAGGAAACAGCCAGAUCUUGACCAAAGUGCCUACAGCCUCAUUCUCGGUGCUACAAACCCAGCCUGAUCUUCAGCGGAUGGCCAGCUUCGCCGUGAGAGACUCCUUCACCCAGCCAAUGAUCAGCGCAGAGCAGAGGCACUGCAGGGCUGCAGAUCACAGCUAUGACUCAACAGCCAUAUCAGGGCUGUUCAGUACAAAUGAAAAUACAAUCAAAACAGACCAUGCCAAGCAAGACAUGACACCCUGCAGCAACCUCUAUCAGUUCCACAGGGCAACUGGACACGUACCAGCUCACAACAAACUGGAAUCUGCACCUAAACACAUGUUGGUGGACUAUGAUAAUUUCCCUCCAAACAGGACCAUCGGCCCCGACAUGAAAGUGGUCAUUCCUCCCAUUCCAACACAGAUGAACUUCUGCAGGUCAUCACCCAAACAGCUCACUGGUCCAGUCCAGCACAUGCCAGUCAGAAUGCCACAGGAAAACUUUGGUCAUUUUUCACCAAUUCGUGGCAGCGACGCAGGCGAGUUCUCUGAUUCUGACUCUGACUGGGAGAAGGAGGCCAUGGCUGGUUUUGCUGGUUUUAUAUAG